GUGGCGCGAACGAUCAAACUGCUGGUGGGCCUGUCUGUGUGCAAACAUGUCGUGACCCCAAAGUGGCUCGAAGACAGUGGCAACGCUGGCUACUUCAAAGAUGAGGCGGAAUACGCGACACAGGACCCGAUCAAUGAGCGGAAAUAUGGCUUCAGUCUGAGCGCUUCCUUGCAAAAAGCCUCAACCCGUAAGGUAUAG